AUGGCUCCUAAUACAAUCGGUAAAGCUGUGAAAAAGUCGGGCAAGGCCCAGAAGAACAUUACCAAGUCCGACAGAAAAGGACGUAAGAAGAAGAGGAAGGAAAGUUACGCCAUCUACAUCUAUAAUGUGUUGAAACAAGUUCAUUGUUACAUUGGAGUUUCAAGUAAAGCCAUGAGCAUCAUGAACAGUUUCGUCAACGACAUCUUCGAACGUAUUGCGGCUGAAGCUUCCAGACUUGCGCAUUACAACAAGCGUUCUACUAUCACCUCCCGGGAAAUUCAAACUGCAGUUCGUCUACUAUUACCCGGUGAAUUGGCCAAGCACGCAGUCAGUGAAGGAACCAAAGCUGUCACUAAAUACACUAGCUCCAAGUAA